GAGGGGACGGCAAUCCGAGGAGGAGGAGGAGGAGAGAGCAGCCUCCCGCAGCUGGCGAGGAGAAUGGGAGUGCGGGGCGCCAGACCGCCGCGGGGUGUCACGGCCGCGGCCGAGCUCGGCAGGCGCGGAGCAGGCGCCCGCCGCUUUUAAAGCCGGGAGGGCGCGGCGGCGGCGGCGGCGGCGGCGGGCGGAUCGCGGCGCGCGCGGGGCGCCGGGCGGCGGCCGGAUGGAGAGGAAGGGCUCGGCGGCCGCGGCCAAGGGGAACCCGAGCCCGCCCGCGGCUGGCGAGGCGCAGCGGCCGCCGCCGCCACUGUGCGUCCCGGGCGGUGGUGGCGGCGGCGGCGGCGGGGUCCCGACGCGCGGCCAGGUUGGGGCGGCGGCCGAGCCCGCCGAGUUCAUCCGGCGGGCGCACGAGUUCAAGAGCCAAGGGGCGCAGUGCUACAAGGACAAGAAAUUCCGCGAAGCCAUAGGCAAAUACCACAGGGCGUUGCUGGAGCUGAAGGGGCUGCUGCCGGCGCCCGCGGAGCAGGAGCGGGACUCGCGCGCGGCCUCCCCGGCAGGGGCCCCCAACCCCGGCCGCCUCUCGGAGGAGCAGAGCAAGACGGUGGAAGCCAUCGAGAUCGACUGCUACAACAGCCUGGCAGCCUGCCUGCUCCAGGCCGAGCUGGUAAACUAUGAGCGAGUCAAAGAGUAUUGCCUCAAAGUCCUGAAGAAAGAAGGAGAGAACUUCAAGGCCCUUUACCGGUCUGGUGUGGCCUUCUACCACCUUGGGGACUAUGACAAAGCCCUCUACUACCUGAAAGAAGCAAGGACCCGACAGCCGACAGACACCAACGUGAUCCGGUAUAUCCAGCUGACAGAGAUGAAACUCAGCAGGUGUUCCCAGAGAGAGAAGGAAGCCAUGUAACCAGGGCACCUCCCUAGAGCUGCACCUGCGCCAGACCCGGGACUUCAGGCGAAGAGCCCGAUGAAGAGCCCCUCCUGGGUUUUGUUCCCUUCUCCCCACUUCUUCCGGCUCCCCCUCCUUCCUCCUGCUACUCCUCCACAAUCUGUCUGCUCCCGGUGUGAAGAGAAGGAGACCCACAGUUUGGGAAUCUGGUCGGUUGCCCGCAAUGGAGAGUCCCCUUCUCUAGUAGGUCAGCUACUGAGAGGGACCUCACUUCUUCGGGGACAGCUGGAGAGGACUCUUACGGGCUGGGAAUGCUGUUGCAGCCUUGACUUUGGCCAGUGCUUCUGACGGAGGCAGAGCCUGGUAGGUGUACCGUCCCAGAGGCAGCAGGCACGGAGACCACGGGCUGGACCCCUCCACGCUUUCCCAACACGCCAGAGCAUCUCCAGGCAACCGUGUCGAAUGCGGGGAUGAGACAAACACCAGAAGCAUCGGUUAAGCCAACAGACCCUGAAUUUGUACACUGGAUUCCCCACCGCGACCCCCCGUAACCUCAGCCCCUGCCUCCCUCCCUCACUUGUUGUCUCGGCUUUCUUCUCUCCCCCGCCUUGGGGAUCUGAGACUCUGCCAGGUUUCACAUGCCACUGAAGCCCACUCUCAGUGCCCUCUGGUGACCACACAUACCAUUCUGCCAUACUCCCACCCAGCAGGCAGCUGUGACAGCAGAGGGGCAGGGUGAAGUGGGCCCGGGGCCGACCGCAUAGGUGACGGAGGGGAGGGGAGCUGACGCCUAGGGGAAGGAGCAUUGUAUGGACUGGGGAUCGAACUGUGGACCGAGUGUAAAUAAAGAUACAUUCACGGGCAGCAGUUCCUGUCAUUUCUGUUGGGAGCGGCCCACUCUCUCACUGUCCCUCCCUCCCCCAACUCUCAGAGCUACUUCCAGCCGGGCAGGACUGGCUUCCCCCACAGCAAUGGGCCGUUUGUCCGGUGGUGAACAAUGUGGGCCGCCGCCUUUGUGCAGUAGAGUGGGCUGGUGUCGUGGAGACUGCCCAGGGACUUGGCUUUGUGGGAACUUGCACGGCCUCCUUGUGAUGAAAUUAUCUGGACUCAAUAUCUAGCACAUAGAAUGUGUUCAACAAAUAUUUGUUGAAUGAAUAAAUUAUGACUGCAGACUGGCUCCCUCCUGCCUUAAACGAAUUUUAUCCCAGCCUAGUCUCCCGAUAUCGACGCUCUUUACGCUAUGCCAUGAUGCUCCAGUCAAAUAAGAAGCAUUUACUGAGGGCUUACUGUUUGCCCAUCGUCGUGCAAUACACUGUGGGACAUAGGAUGUAGUCCCAGUCUUUAAGGAGGUGCAAGAGUUGAGAAAUACUCCUAUGAGAUGAUCACCACUGACACCUUUAAUUUAUAUGAUGCUUUAAAUUUUUCAAAGCACUUUCGUGUAUUUUUUUGUGUGACUAGUGAGACAAUAUUGUACAAAUUAAAAUAUAUACAGAUGCAAUAAUGUUAAUAGUUAGCAUUUAUUAAAUGCACUGUCCUCAGAUCUUUACAUGUAUAAUCUCAUUUCUUUCAUGCAGUUACCCCACGAGACACUAUUUCCAUUAGGUGGAGAAGGAAAUUGAAAACCAGACACAGUAACUAUCCCAAGGUUACAUGGCCCCAAGGGGCAUAGCUAGGAUUUGAACCAGGUCUGUCUGACUCCAGAGCUCUGGCCACUAACUACUCUGUAGUCGGUAGCAGGUGCUCUACAAAGUGUUAUAUUGAGCGGUUACAACCAGUCGAGAGCAGGACAGUGUGUAUUAGGUUGAAAAGCCUUGACUGUGCCAAUGGUAUAGUAGGUACCACACGUGGGCUGCCUCUUGUAUUUAGCUCAAGGUUAAAAAAAGGUCCCUAACACUAGGCUCCCCAGUGGUCCGGGUGGGGACGGGCCAGGAAAAGACAUCUGAGACCUAGCAGUUAUUUCUGCGUAUCGUUCAUUCUAUUUUCUGAUGUCAGCACAUAUCCCAACCCACCUAGCAUUCCCCCAGCCAUCGGGGAAGAUUCACAAUUAUAGGUAGAGAUUGAAAGGAAACACAAAGGUAAUUAUGGGUUAUUUGUGUAAUCAGAGGCUCUACCACUAAAGGAUCUAAUCACCGCUGAGGGGCCCCGGAGCCAGAAGCCCAGGUUAUAUUCACACAGCUCCUGAAAGGCUUCCGGCCAGGGUUCGAGAAGGUGCUAGGAAUCUCUAGGGGGGUUCGUAGUUGCUUGCCGGUAGCUCACCUCUGGGGAAGAGGAGAGGCUGCCACAUUCUCCCCCACGCCUACCAUAUCCUUGCCUCUGCCCUCUUCUUCCAGGGUGGUUUCACAUGUUCCCAGAUCAGAGCCAUCCCACAGCAUACGCAACAUAGGCACGUGUGUAAAACUCCCCUGUUCCCAAGCUUCCAGCCCGGAAGGCUUGUGAGUUGGCCAACUGCUUGUCAGGGUCUGAAGGUUGAGGAUGAGGUCAGAGGUGGACUGCAGAACCAGUUCCAGCCAGCACGGUCAUCCUUUGCUCCCUCGUGCCAUCAGGAAGGAUUUGGACUUAACUGCUCCAACAUGGAGCAGGAGAGAGGGUCUUGCCUCAUCCAGUAAGUUGGGGCAGGGCUGGACAGGUGGGGAUAAGACUGUUGCCAUCCUUCUAAAGAGAAAUGUGGGAAACCAGAUUGUCUGGUGAUUCACACAUACGUGCUUACUGGAGUCCAUUCACUGUGACCCAAAGAUAAGUGAUCCCAAAGUAAAAAGCUGCCUUGGCCGUGUUGUUUGAUGUUUGGGGCGGAGGGAUUGAGUUUGCUGUGCGUUUGUCCAACAGGGACUUAAGAGAGCGAGUAAGCAAAAUCAGGUCUAUUCACCUUAGCAGACCUUCAGCUUCCUUCUCCCAUCCCUCCCCCAAGCAGGGACUGUGAUCACAUGCUUUGUUUGCAGAUGUCCCUGAACUAGACCUGGAGCACUAAACCUGGAUGUGACCUGCUUCGUCAUCCUGCUUGGACUUUUGUGAUAGACUCUUUGGGGGGGGAGGGGGGGGGGAGAAUUGUACUUUUCUUGUUAUUGCUAGGAAAGCCUCACGUGUGUAUUGUGGAAAAUUUAGGGAGGGCGGGGGAGACAAACUCCAACUCGUCAUCCUACCACCCAAGACAAACAUAGCUACCCUUUUGGACUCAUCGUUAAGUUCUUUUUGGUAUAAAUGUAGACGUGCCCGUGCAGGGUUGUUUCUUUUUUUAAAGACAAAAACUGGAGUACAGUGUAUAUACUCUUCAGUAACUUGCUUUUCAAAAUGUGUAUUUCUAUUUCAGAAUAUGUAAUACAUGCACAGAGACAAAAUUCAAAAAGGGCAAAAAGCUCUACAGCAAGAAGUAAAUCUCCUUUCCACCCUGUCUGCCAGCAUCUAGUUCCCUCCAAUUACUCGUGCUGUACAUCCUUCCAAAAACACUUAUGCAUUUUCAAAUAUAUGCGUAUAUAUUCUUUUGUCACACACAAAUGGUCGCACAUCAGACACACUGUUUUGUACUUUGUACUCCUUCACUUCCUAUACCAUGGACGAAACAUUUUUUUGUAUGUCUCUCCAACUUUUUCAGCAGCACCUCCAUUACGUGGAUGGGCUCUCAUCUGGUAACCAAUCUCCUAAUAGCGAUUAUUUUCAUUCGUUCUCAAUCUUGACUGUAAAUAAUGUUGCAGCAGACAUUCUUGUAGCUAAAUUUUGCAUACACCGAUGGCCAUUUCCUUGGGAUAAAAUCCAAGAAGGAAAUUGCUUGGCUACCUUUAAGAAUUUUGUUAUAUGUUGCCGACUGCCCUCCAGAAAGUUUGUACUACACUUUGCACUCUCCUGUUUGCAGACCUGAGAGUGCCCUGUUCCCCGCACCCUCACUAAUAGUGGGUACUGUCGCUUGCCAAACCUUUCCCAGUUCGGUAGGAAAAUAACGUUAUGUCAGUGUUAUUUGAACUCACGCUUCUUCAAUUAUUAGUGAAUAGCAUCUUCAAAUGCCUACUGACCAUUUGUACUUGUUUCUUUGUGAUUUUUCUAUUUAUUUGAUAUUGCUAUGUUUAUCUUUAUUACCAAUUUGUAAUUUUAUUAAGAACGUUAUUUUUGGCAAGAAACAUCCCAAAUAGGCUUUCCAAGUGCUUUGCUUUCAAAUUUUGUUUAUGGUGCUUUUUGACACACAUAAAUUCUUAAUUCUGCAACUAA